CGUUUUCCUGCGGUUGAGAACGCGAGACCAGCACCGGGGCGUGUCGUAUUACUGCUCCCGACUUGCUGUCAAAACCCCCACCGGAUAACGUGGCUACCAGUGCUAUGGCGAUAGUGCCUUGCUUCACGAAAUAUAGGUUAAAAUUAACCCAGUGAUUGCCCCUCGUUCAUUACAAGACUUGGUACUGAGUUCAACGAUUCUUGUGGUGCACCGUCAUGAGGAACUACAUCUUCUGUCUGGUUUUAGUGGCGGCCCUCACUCACCAUGAAGUACAAUCAGCCAAACGGAUGAGCGCCCGAGACAAACUGACACAGGUGUCAAGUGUUCCCUUGGGCUACCAGACAAGACAGCCUCCUGAAAUGACAGACUCCCACAGAGCCAAGCGAUCUGCUGGAGGAGCUUCAAUACGCCCUGAAGAAUACGCCGAAGAGAUGCUUGGACUAAAGGGCGCAGAGAGGUUUGAAACUGUCAAUGAAGUUGUCACCGUCCACGGCGUCACAUUGAGGAAGAUGAAAGAACGGUAUCGGGGUAGGGACGUAUUUGACACAAUUGUGACGGUCAAAGUGGACGAUGACAAUGAGACACUUGUUGAUGCUAGUGGCACGAUUAUUGAAGAUAUUGAAACCGAAUUAAAAGACUUUGAUCACGAGUUAUCCGAAGAGGAACUGUAUAAUAUACUUAUCAACCUUAACAAUGAUGAAAAUAUCACUGAAAAUAUAGGAAAUCGUAAGAUUGUGUAUGAUGUACAUAUAGAUGACAACAGUACAGCUUUUCCAAUUGCAAUCGUGGAAUAUCUGAUUGAAAUGGAGGAAGAGGUGAAACGGCCAACGGCAAUCAUUAACACAAGAACUGGAGAAGUGAUUAAAGCAUGGAAUAAUCUCCAGACAUGUUUCCCCAAGGAGCGUCAUAGGCUCUACGGGGGUAAUGAAAAGAUAGGUAAACGGGAGUAUGGAAUAAUUCCACAGUGUUUGGAACUGCGAAAGGAAGGGAAUACUUGCUAUUUGGAGAAUGACCUUGUGAAAGUUGUCGACAUGCAGCACACAGAACUGGAGAACAUCACUGAGACCGCAAGCUUCGACUGUGAUCAGACGUACAAUGACUCCAUUAACGGAGCAUACUCCCCAGCCCUUGACGCUUUGUACUAUGGGACACAGAUACAGAGGAUGUUCCUGGAAUGGUUUGGCCAUAAGCUUGUUGAAAACCUGGUCAUGAGAGUGCACUUCUCCAAGAAUCAUGUGAAUGCUUUCUGGAACGGCCAGAAUGUGACCUUUGGAGAUGGUCGGAAAAGACAGGUCUAUCCUUUUGUUGCCCUUGAUAUUGCUGCACAUGAAAUUGCUCAUGGCUUCAGUGAAAAAAACGCAGGGCUGUUGUACGUCAGCCAGACGGGAGGGUUGAAUGAAGCCUUCUCGGACAUGGCUGGUGAAAUGGCAGAGUUGUACCUUGACGUUAUCGACUGGAGAGUUGGCUACGGAAUUAUGUUCCAUGAAAGAUCGAUGCGCUAUCUGGACGAUCCACCAAAGAACGGGAGAUCCAUCAAGCAUAUGAAGAAGUACAAAGAAGGAAUUGAUCCUCAUGGUUGCAGUGGAAUCUACAACCGCGUGUUUUACCUUCUGUGUCAAGAAUACAGCGAUGAUCCAAGAGACGUCUUCAGAGUGUUUCUCCAUGCCAAUAAAAUGUACUGGCAUCCCCUCAGCAACUUUUCAGACGGAGCGUGUGAUAUUAUGAAAUCGGCUUAUGACCUUGGUCAGACAGCAGAGCACUAUAUAAAGUCCUUCGCCGACGUUGGCAUUGAGGCAUGCGACAUUAAAGAUCACAUUCUCCAUCUCAGGCACAAUAAAACCCGAACUGGGGUAACCGUUUCCAGAUCGAUAAACCCAGUGUUUGCCAUUGAGGUUCCCGAGUGGGCUAGCUCCUUCUAUAUCCAAGCAACAAGCGAAAGUGGCAAGGAUAUAUUCAUAGAACUAAUCAGCGAAUCCUGGAACAGACAAACUAAAAACACCGUGCCUCUGGCCGAUGAAAACAACUAUAUGGAGUAUAAUGUAACGAAUCUGGAUUCCAGAUACUUCUUUGUCCGGUUCUCAACAAAAAGUCGAAUAGCGAUCAAAGAUGCAUCGGUUAGGGCAGGCUACUUCUGUUUGGACUACUACACCCAUCGGAACUUCUUGUACAGAGCGUUCUAUGCUCUAGAGUGUUGGGGCAUUGACCUUUGGGCUGGAUGAUCCCAUCAAAGACGGACGCGUAUACAAGGAUUGUUCUUGCAGAGGAUUCUCUUACAUAGUUUUCCCAGACUGAACAGGUGCAGAAGCAAAUUUGAAUAUGCAUUAAACUUUGAUUGCCAAUCAAAUACCAGAAAAAUAUGGGUAGUUGGCUCUCUGAGUAAUAUAGUGAUAUAUUCACACAAUGACCAAGAUGGUGUCAGUACUGAUUCUGUAAGAGUUCAGUAUGUGUACUGACAUUCUGAGUGGAAAGGUCAGUUGAUCAAAUACUUGGUUUGUAGUUUUACAGAUUAUAAAUGUUUAACAUUUUGUAAGUUCAAAACCUUCUUAUACCGGAUAAUAAUACACCCAGUGAAAUAAUCCGGACUGACAAGUUUCUGAAUGAUGAAUCCUGUUUACGAUGUAGGAUUCCCUUGGAAACGAUUUCAUGUCGAAUUUCAGGUAUAUAUGGUAUUUUGACUUAGUUAAAUGUAUUUGUUUGGAUUUAUGAUCAUUCUGUUUGACAGACAUUUCUACAUUAAUUAUUUGGAAACUCCUGAAGUGUGAUAUACUCCUUUUACAUUUACGCAUACACGGAAGGGGGACAAGAAAACGUCAUUUACUCUCUGGCAGAUAUUGGUCAAUAUUCAUGCUGGUAUUACAAAAUAUUAAUGAAUAUUUGGAGUAUCACUUACGAAAGACAAAUUCACCAACUCUUUUUUUCAGAGUGAUAAUAUGUUCGUGCGUUGUUUCUAAAUUGAAAUAAACGCCAAUACUUUGCUCUCAUGUUUCUCAAGAGUUGAAAUAUCAUAUUAGCACCUUAUGUACUUUGUAAUUAUACAGAGCGAUGGACAUGAUAAUUAUCAUUUGAGCUAUUUAGAAUGAUACAUCCUGAUGAAUAGUUAUCCAUGUAUGGCAUACAUUUGAUUAAAUAUUGUCUUACGAUUUAUGACAUCUACUCGCCAAUUAACACUACUUCAUAUAUUACUAUGUUCAAGGCCAAUGUCUGUACAACAGUUCGGCAUUUGGUCUUUCCGUAUUCAUUUUGUGUUAGAAGAUUGUAAAUAGAUUGAUUGAUAGGUUGAUAGAAAAUUGUGUUCUCUUUUCAAUAUAUUGGUUGUUGGAAAAUAUGUUAUCGUGAUUGUUUUCUUCUGUUUCAGGAAAUAAACACCAGUAAACAUUUCUAACUA